UGCGCGCGGGGAGAAGGCGCACAGCGCGGGGCCGGGGCGGGACGGCGAUGGCAGCUCAGCGGCUGGGCAAGCGGGUGCUGAGCAAGCUGCAGUCUCCGUCGCGGGCGCGCGGGCCGGGGGGCAGCCCCGGGGGGCUGCAGAAACGACACGCGCGUGUCACCGUCAAGUAUGAUCGGCGGGAGCUGCAGCGGCGGCUGGACGUGGAGAAGUGGAUCGACGGGCGCUUGGAGGAGCUGUACCGCGGCAGGGAGGCAGACAUGCCCGAUGAGGUCAACAUUGAUGAAUUGUUGGAAUUAGAGAAUGAAGAGGACAGAAGCCGGAAAAUCCAGGGACUCCUGACAUCGUGCGGCAACCCCACAGAGGACUUCGUCCAGGAGCUGCUGGUGAAGCUACGAAGCCUCCACAAGCAGCCGGGCCUCCGCCAGCCCAGCCCCUCCGAGGAGCGCAGCCUGGGCCCCCUCCAGGACCCCGCCCGGACCGCGCCACCCUGACCUCACCUCCGGGGCGCCCUCCCUUCUCCCCUACCCUCCCCACCGUCCUGGCUUGUUUAUAAGUUGUAUGUGAUGGUUCUGUUACAACA